AAGUGAUGAUGGUGGGGUGACAGGCUCUCCCCCUGACAGGCCCCCCAGCCUCCUUCCACCCCUUCGGCUCCAGGCCGAUGGCAGAGAGGGAGGAGGCGGGGUGGAGGGGAGGCACCUCACCAUGGUAACCUGGGGAGGUGUUUCUCCUAGCGGGGAUGGAGAAGUACGAGAAAAUCCUGACUCUUGGCCAGGGCGCGAGCGCAGAGGUCUUCCUGAUGAGGGACCUGAGGACCAAGCAGCUCUUUGCGGUAAAGAAGGUCAAGAUGGUCCCGGGCAAGAGGCUCCGGAACAAAGAGGCCGUGCUGCAGGAGGUGGCCAUCCUGAAGCAGCUCCGGCACCCACACGUUGUCGCCUGCCACGACCACUUCCUGGACGCGGUUGAGAAGCACGUCUUCAUCGUGCAAGACUACUGCGACGGGGGCUCCUUGCACGAGCACAUCCUGACCAAGCACGGGGGCUACUUCUCCGAGGGCAACAUCAUGAGGUGGUUCGUGCAGCUGGCCCUGGCCAUCCAGUACAUCCACGGCCUGAAGAUCCUGCACCGUGACAUCAAAGCCUCCAACGUGUUCCUGACGCACUUGAGGACCCUGAAGCUGGGCGACUUUGGCAUUUCCAAGGUCCUGGACAGUACGGUGGAGAUGGCCAGCACCUUCGUGGGCACCCCCUACUACCUGAGCCCCGAACUCUGCAAGGACGUGCCCUACAGCUCCAAGGCGGACAUCUGGGCGCUGGGCUGCCUCCUCUUCGAGCUGUGCGCUCUCCAGCCCCCCUUUGAAGCUUUCAGCCUGAUUGGCCUGUUUCAUAAGAUCGUGCGGGAGGACCACGCUCCCGUGCCCGGGUGCUACUCGGAAGGUCUGCGCGGCUUGAUCCGAGCCAUCCUGCAGAAGGACCCCCAGAAGCGGCCCAGUGCCACCACCAUCCUCUUCUUCCCCUUUGUCCAGAAGCAUCUCAGCCUCUUCCUCCUCCAUCGAGAACCCCAGAAGCCCCUGGCAGAGGUGUUCCACAAGAGAGACACGGGAGGACUCAGCCCACCCAGACAGCCUCCCAAGCCAGCCCACCAGGGCUACGCGGCCUUCACGCCAGGAUACGUCCCACCGGCAGCCCACCAGCAGCAGGCUGAAGCCCAGGACCCAGAGGAAGGCCUGAGCGCCUCCAGCAGCGUCUCCAAUUACUCGGCAGACUUUGAACACACGAGCACCUCCGCGACAGACAGCAGCUCGGAUGGAGAUGCCCUCAACAGAGAGAGCACAGAGAGCCUGACAGAGACUGAGUCCGAGUGGGGUGCGUCCGAUUACCUGGACGACUUUGAGCACUCAGAAGAGGGGGGCCUGGAAGAAACGGAGAAUGACGCUGAGAGUGCCGUGCAGGUGGUGCAGAAGGGCAGGUCCUACUCCUCCCCUCUGGGGAGCUUCCCAAAGUGCAGAGGUGGCAGGGGCUUUUCUGGAAGCGAGGAUGGCAGCUCUUGCUUUUCUGGAAGCGACGACACCACCAGGGACUUGCCUCCCCUGUUUGAGCCCAGCCUGAGUGUGGACGACACGGAGCCGCUGGAGGUUUGCUACCUGCUCAGGAGGCUGGGCCUGGACAGUUCCUAGAGGAAGCCGGACCCCAUGGCACCAGCGCUGGAAAGGACCCAUUUGGAAAAAGCAAACACCUGGCCCAGAACUGGUCGCUGAGGACCCCACACGGGAAGGGCUCUAGCACCCAAUGUGGGCAAGGGGCUCCCAUGGCCACCUCUCCUCCUGCCCCCGACCCAGAGACUAGAGCCUGCUCUUCUGCCCUCUCUUGUAAAGCAGGGAUAUUAAGAGCCUAGAAUUGGUAGAGUGAUAAGACAAUAGUAAUCCUCGUUAUCUUGGCAUGUCCAAAAUCAUGCCAAGCAGAUUUAUUCAGAACUCUAGCUUUAAAUGCACCUAUUUAAAUCCAGUGAUUGCCCAGUUGAACUCACCUAGAGGAGUCACACCCCCUCCCCAGAAAACCAUGGGACCCCCUGGGCCUACUUUUGGGAAAGCAUGGGGACUGCCCUCCCCUCUCCCUCUGGGCCAAACGUCCUCACAUGCCUUCUUCUAAUUUUGUUGGUGAAUAAAGAGAGCAAAGAGG